GAGUGAGAGAGAGAGAGAGUGCUCAGCUAACCGGCGUGUGAGAAUUGCGUCCUUUGUGCAACUCGUCUCAUCUACAAAAUUUCCUUCCAAGUCGAUGCUCCAGCUACCCAAUUUAAUCGAGAUUGAUCCACUGCUUGGGCCGGAGCUUGACAGAGCCAUUGUUCGAUUAAAUCCCCGUUUGCUUAUUCCUCCAGCGACCUAGGUACAAACCAUGGAAGCAAGAGAAGAAGCAGGUCUGUCGAAAUCGACGGCGGUGUUAUCCUGCACCGCCAUGGCCUUGUUAUACGUCGGGAUUCUCUACACUCCCACUCUGAUCCUCCGCCUCCCUCAACCUUCCUCCUUCAAGGAGUUCCUGCUCCGCCGAUUCGUCUGCGCCGCCAUCGCUUCCGUGGUCUCUGUUGCUGCCUGUGCUCUUAUUCUGCCGGUGAACAUCAAGGAGAUACCUUCUCUUUUAGGCAUCUAUGGAGUUCGAAUGGAUCAUGUUUGGCAAGCUGUUGUCUACCCUCUUUGCUUGACUUCCUUAAUGUACGCGGGAUCAAUGGUCCUUAAGCUUUUGUUGGUGGUGGAAGCAAUGAAGGAACAUAUGGAUCGAGGUGGAGGUGUGCUUGAUUUUGCUCGAGAUCUACUGCAAAACUUUGGUUCUUGGGUCUCUUCAGCCGUCUCUAAUAUCUUGGCUUGGCGUAAUUUGAUUGUGGCGCCAGUGACUGAGGAAUUGGUGUUUAGAGCAUGUAUGAUUCCUUUACUCCUGUGUGGAGGAUUCGAGCCCUACAUUGUCAUUGGCCUGUGCCCUAUUCUUUUCAGCUUGGCACAUUUGAACCAUUGGAUGGAGAUUUACUGCCAGCAGAACUACAGUGUGAUUAAAGCAUCCAUGGUUGUAGGUCUCCAACUCAGCUACACUGUGAUUUUUGGUUCCUACGCCUCAUUACUAUUCAUUCGAACAGGACACCUUGUUAGCCCGUUACUUGCUCAUGUGUUUUGCAAUUUCAUGGGGUUGCCAGUGUUUUUUGCAAGGAAGAAAGGUACAUAACUUCAACCCGAUGUGUGGAUUUACUCUGAAUCCAGCUUACGUUUUCUUAUAGCUAACAUCGUAUUGUUUCAGGAGGGAUGGUGGCUUUGGUAUUUGCAGCCGGAGUUAUAUCUUUUAUCUGGCUCCUUUUUCCACUAACACAACCAGAUUUGUACCAUGAAAGAACAGAUGAUUGUCGAUGUUGGCACGGAUUCUGUUCCUGGAAUUAAAGUCUGUUCAGGAUUUUAUUUACUUAGAGGGUUGCACUUAGCUGAAUGAUUUUUGGACUUUUCUGAAUCGAUUAUGCUUUGUUCCAUCCAAUGAGCAUUAAUUUGGGGUUGAUAACCCUUUGAUCCCCGAGGGCGCACUUGAACUGGGAGAUGCGAGUGAAGAGAUGGAAAGGGGGUCGAGAUUGUUGGAAACGAACCUUUUGAGGUACAGUUCUUUCCGUGCAGGAACGGGCACCUGUUAUAGACUGAGAUUCAGCUUACCGGCCAGGUAUCGUGAUACUAACAACCAUCAUACAAUUGUUGCUUUUGAUUGAGAAAACAACGUUUGUGUUUCCUGACAGUUUGCUGUUUGCGACUGCUCGUCUGUCUUUGUGCGACCAAUUGAAAUGACGGUUCUCUUCGUGGACGAUCUAUGCCUGCACGUUGUAUUUUGGUCUUUGUUACCUUCUAGGGCCAGGAACGUCUCUUUGGUCCCUUACUCAUCCUCUUCUCCCGCUCUUGCUUCUACUUCGCUUGUGGCAACGAAGUUGUCCUCGACUUCUUCUUUGCAUGGUAGCUAUCGGCAUUAGCUGCAGCGAUCUUUGAGCUUCUACUUCGUCGUCAGAUUCCUCCGGCGGUGGAGCCAAUUGGGUGCCUUUCUGCAAUGAUAGCCUGAGUGUACAUGCUAGAGUGGGUGCUAUCCAUUGGAAGGUUAUAAGCAAGGUUGUCAACCCGCGGGUCGAUCCGGAUUCGAUGUUAGAAACCGAUUUCUGUAGGGUUUCUCUAUUUAUUAAUAUAAUUAUUAUUAGAGUAAUUUUCAAUAAGGUUAGUAGUCUUUUAGUAGAAGUAGGUUUAUUCUUAGGGUUUUUCUAGUAUUUUCCUAUAUAUAUGUACUUUGGGUCUUUCAUCAGAUUAAGCAGAAGUUAAUAAAGAAUUAUCUCCCUA